AACGGUUGUUGUAUUUGUCCCAAAUUAAAAACCUAAUUUUCUUCUUUUUUUGGUUUCACUCUCAUCACUUCCACUGUCAUUGCCACGGGCACUGCUCAUCCUCACCACACAACAACAAUGCCUUCCUUCUAGUAUCUUCUCUUCUCACUCUCACACAACACACAAAAACAUAUCUUUUCCUCUUGUGUCCCUCAACGGAAGUAUCAGGAUCCGGUGGGGUUACAGUGUACGGCAACGGCGCCAUCACCUAGACCAAAAAGCCCCUUUUCUCCGUCAAAGUGGGCUUGGCCUAGAUGCUUCGCGGCGACAUCAUCAUCGAUGCUGAGCACGGUGAUGUCACCCUUGCUGACGACGCCAACCACAUCAACAAUGAGGUUGCUUUUAUGCCUUUGAAGGAAGUUAAUCGAACAGAAUAUAUUCCAGUAUCUGAUGAGGAAAAUCUCACAACACAUGUCCGAAGGAAAACCAGCGAUGCUCGUGAAAUGCAAACUUUUUAUGGGCAGUACUAUGAAAAGUAUAUUCAAGCGUUAGAUAAGGCUGCUGAUAAGGUCCGUGCCCAGCUCACAAAAGCAUAUCAAACUGCUGUUGUUUUAUUUGAGGGAUUGAAGGAAGUUAAUCGAACAGAAUAUAUUCCAGUAUCUGAUGAGAUUAUGGAAGCUCAUAUAAAGGUUGAUUGAGGAAAUGAAGCAAUUAUAUGCCCCUUAUAAUAUUUUGCCACUUGAUCCCAAUACUGGAAAAGAGGCUAUAAUGAGAUAUCAUGAGAUUCAAGCUGUUGUUUCUGCACUUCGUAAUACCAGGGGCCCUUGGCCAAAUUAAGGAACAUGGCAACAAAUUAAAUGAAGAUAUAUUUUGGACUGGCUUCAGCUGAUGUUUGGUUUCCAAAAAGACAAUGUGGAAAAUCCAAAGUCAGAUCAACUACUCAAGGUUUUCUUUUUAUUUCGACGAUCGUGUUUAAAUGAAGUGAAGAAGAAACUCUUUAGAAACUACAAAAAAUGGUGCUAGUAUUUGGGUUGCAAAAGUAGCCUUUGGUGAGAUUUGCAUAUCCUAAUCUUGUAGUAACUUCAAAUGCUUGUUUAUUUGACUGUCAAAUUGAACUUUAAGGUCUUAUAUGUACCUAGUGAGUUGUCUGUAGAGGUCAAUCUGCUUUUGAGCUUAACUUAGCUAAGGUCAAUUGUUGACAUAGGCAAGCUGAAUGCCCUAAAUGAAACUAAACAAGCUUAAUUCUGUAUCUUUUAAGCAGGUUAUAUACAUAAACGUAUAUACAAAAGGUGCAUUUAAUCCUGGAUACAUGACAUUAUUGUAAAUUUGUAUUUAUAAUACAAUUAAAGUUUACUUGUAUAUGGAUAUUAAUUAUUGGAGCUAAGCCAACGAAAAUUGUAGGUCA